ACAUGCCUUCCAAACUCCAUAACAAAGUACUCCUAAGCGUCUUCCUAGCGACGGCAUAGAGAGUAAGAAAUAUGCAGAAAAUCAAGGAGAGCUUCAUCCUCCAAUUCAUCCGUGGGCCAUGGUUCAUGGUGAUCUCUUCUUUUCUAAUCAUGUCCACCGCCGGCACACCGUAUGCCUUCGGACUAUACUCCGGCGUCCUCAAGUCCGUGCUCGGCUACGACCAGACUACCCUUAAUUUGGUCAGCUUCUUCAAGGACGUCGGCACCAACGUCGGCGUCCUUUCGGGCUUCCUUGCGGAGGUCACACCGCCGUGGUUUGUUUUAUCAACUGGAUCAGUCAUUAACAUGGUCGGGUACUUGAUGAUAUGGCUGGCCGUGACAAAAAAAAUGGCGAAGCCAAAAGUAUGGAUGAUGUGCUUGUACAUCUGCCUCGGCGCUAAUUCAACGGCUUUUGCCAACACCGCAGCAAUGGUCACCUGCAUCAAGAACUUCCCCGGAAGCCGCGGCGUCGUGCUAGGGCUUCUCAAGGGAUAUGUCGGCCUCAGCGGCGCUAUACUCACACAACUAUACCGUGCUUUCUAUUAUAAUGACUCCAAGUCUUUGAUUUUGCUUGUGGGAUGGCUUCCGGCCGCCAUUUGCUUGGCUUUCGCACGUACUAUUCGGAUAAUGAAGGUCCCCCACCAGCCAAACGAGCUCCAAGUGUUCUAUAAUUUCCUUUAUCUUACACUAGGCCUCGCGGGGUUUCUCAUGGUUAUGAUAAUUGUAGAGCAAAAGGUUGCCUUCACGCAGAGCGAGUAUGGCGGUAGUGCCGCUGUUAUGCUUUUCUUGCUCUUUCUCCCGCUUGGUGUGGCAAUCAUGGAAGAGCACAAGAUUUGGAAGAGCAAGAAAUCAGCACAAAAUGAAGCUGUCCAGAUGAAAACAAUCAAAGAAACUACUCCGCCAUCUCUACCAGAAGCAUCUCCUGCCCCAACAAACUCCCUUAUUGAUUCAAGCACAGAAAAGGCGGUGCAAGUUUCCUCCUGCUGGGAAAAUGUAUUUAACCCCCCACCGAGAGGAGAGGACUAUACCAUACUCCAAGCUCUCUUCAGCGUUGACCUGUUGAUACUCUUCUUCACCGUGAUUUCUGGCGUCGGCGGCACAUUAACGGCGAUAGACAAUCUGGGGCAGAUGGGAGCUUCUCUCGGGUACGCGCCACGUAGCAUAAGCACAUUCGUGUCACUCGUAAGCAUAUGGAAUUACCUCGGACGGGUGAUGGGCGGUUUGGUCUCUGAAAUUCUUUUAAAGAAAUACAAGUUCCCUCGCCCUCUCAUGCUCACCCUAAUCCUUCUGGUUGCAUGUGUGGGUCACCUUCUCGUUGCAUUUCACCCCCCCGGCGGCCUCUACGUGGCGUCGGUAAUCAUCGGGUUUUGCUUCGGUGCACAAUGGUCAAUAGUUUUCACAACAAUUUCAGAAAUUUUCGGCCUAAAGUACUACUCUACUUUAUACAAUUUUGGGUCGGUGGCUAGCCCGAUCGGGCUAUAUGUACUCAACGUGACUGUCACCGGGCAUUUAUAUGAUAGGGAGGCGAGAAAGCAACUGGCUGCUUUAGGUCUCACCAGGAAAGAUGGGCAGGCUUUGAAUUGUGCUGGGGUUGUGUGCUUCAAAUUGUCUUUCAUUAUAAUUGCUGCCGUGACGUUCUUGGGCGCGCUUGUUUCCAUCAUUCUGGUGAUUAGGACAAGGAAAUAUUAUCAGAGUGACAUUUACAGGAAGUUCCGGGAGCAGGCAAUUGCGGCCGAGAAGGAGAUGGCAUUUGCAGGACAUUAAACGUAUUCUGGCCGUCUCUGCCAGCUGACAAAUGGUGGUCUCAGCCAUUGACUCGCAACAUACAGAGCCAAAGAUGAAAUUUGGAAGAACGUGAAAGAAAGAGGAAUAAUUAAUAUAGUAUAUAUCGUUUUCCCAAUAUUGAUCUAUCAUGCAAAUUUGCGUAAAAAGUUGGAUCUUUCAUUGUUUUUCUUAUUGACCCGUGAUAGUUUUUUUUUU